AUGUUCGACGCCACGUUUACUCCCCGCGGUGCGCACGUCUCGACCCUGCGAGCCAACGGACAGAUUCGCUACUGGAUCACGGUAAUCUUUGGUCAUCUCAAGGCGCUCGGUGGCACCGGCGAGGCAGCGGACCUCAUUAAGGAAACGUUGGUCAAUGUGCUGGAUGUCAAGGUAGCCUCCUCUGCUUGUCCGGAGCCGGUGAAUUGUGGGUGCCAAGCCCGUCAGUUCCAAGAGAUCUCCGAGCAUUGGAACUUCCAGCGCGAGCUAUGA